GAUUUAUGGAGUUUCGAAGAGCAAAUUUGUUGUGAGAGUUUCUCUCCGAAGCUGUUUGGACAAAAUGAAGAGUUUUGGAGCAUUUCUGGACACAACACUGGUCUUUCUGAUACUCGAGGCGUCUCUAGUAUGUUGCGAUAUAACGGACGGAAACGCGGAACAUCUGAAGAGAGAGCACUCGUUGAUGAAACCGUACCAAGGUGUUGGCAGCAGCCCUAGCAGUCAGUGGGACUUCUGGGGAAGCACACUGGUGACGGGCUCAUAUGUCCGACUCACUCCAGAUGAGAGAAGCAAGCAGGGAUCCAUCUGGAAUACUGUGCCUUGUUACCUGAAGGACUGGGAAAUGCACGUUCAGUUUAAAGUUCAUGGAUCAGGAAAAAAGAAUCUCCAUGGCGAUGGCAUUGCUAUCUGGUACACAAAGGACAGACUGCAUCCAGGCCCAGUGUUUGGAAACCAAGAUCAGUUUCUUGGCCUGGCUAUUUUUUUGGAUACCUUCCGCAAUGACCUCCAUGGAAUGGAUCGGUCCUUCCCGUACAUUUCGGCCAUGGUGAACAACGGCUCUGUGAGUUACGAUCACGGCAAAGACGGGCGAUUGUCGGAGCUGGGAGGCUGCUCGGCUGAGAUCAGGAACAGAGACCACGACACGUACCUCGCCAUCCGCUACUCCAAAGGAAGGCUCACUGUGAUGGUUGACGUGGAUGAUAAGAACGAGUGGAAGGAGUGCAUCGACAUCGGAGGUGUUCGUCUUCCCACUGGAUAUUUUUUUGGAGCCUCCGCAGCUACAGGAGAUCUGUCUGACAACCAUGAUAUCAUCUCCAUGAAGCUCUACCAGCUGAUGGUAGAACACACCCCCGAGGAGGAGAACCUGGACUGGACCAAGAUCGAGCCCAGUGUCAGCCUCCUCAAGUCCCCUAAAGACAACAUUGACGAUCCAACCGGAAACUUCCGCGGCACGCCCCUCACAGGCUGGAAGGUCUUCCUGCUUCUGCUGUGUGCUCUGCUGGGAAUUGUAGUGUGCGCCGUGGUGGGAGCUGUAGUUUUCCAGAAGAGACAGGAGAGGAACAAGAGGUUUUACUGAGGAGAGAGGAGAAAGGACCGCCUUAUCAGAGAGGUGUUUGCCGUGGAACGAACUGUUUCCAGAUGACAGAUUGAGCACAUUCAAUGUGAAUUUUUUUCUAAAGAUUGUACAAAUGUUUAUAUCUUUGAAGCACUGCAGUUGGAGUGAAUUUUGGUAACUUGUGAUGUUGGUAAGAACGUACAGAGCUAGCGGUGACGUGACGUCAUGAGUGACCCUGAUAAAUGCUGUUUUUUUUUUUUCUCCACGUCUUUGUGUUCAUUCAUUACAGGGUUAUAAUACGUUUACUAUCAUUAACAAACUUUGCACUCUGAGUUUUUCAGAUUCGUAAAAGAUUGUGUUCUCACCUACUCACAGGUUAAUCAGGUAUUUUCAGCCCUUUUCUCUGCUUCAGGUGUGAUGCUACACAAUGGUGAACUUUAGAUUUUUGUUUUUGUCUUCCAGGCUGUUUUACCUGAUUAUUUACUAGAAGAAGAAAAGUAUCUCCACUUAAAAAAAAUCUAAUAUAUUUCACAGUGAUGGUCUGUGGCUUAUGUUAUGUGCUUCUCUGCUAAAAUGCAAAACAUUGUCAGGAUACAAAAAAGAGUGAUGAAUUAGCUGAUUUCACUCUGUGUGACUCUUUCUGACAUUUAGAAAAUUCAUUGUUGCUCAUUUUUAAGCAUUAGCAUUUUUAAGUAACUUGGAAUUUAUUGAAACUGUGGACAACAUGCUCUCCAUGUAUAUUUGAGACAGAAGAGAAUGCAGUAGUAUGUUUAGGAGGACUGUGGAACAGGUAUAUUGUCAGUAACCACUGUGUGUACACAACAGUACUGAGUAUUUAGGAUCAUAAUGUUUCUCUCUUUUUUCUUUUAUUUUGAAUUGGCAAGAUAAGAAUCAAGCAUCAAAGACUGCCUGUCAGCAUAAUGAUGUUUGUUCUUGAAUUCAUGAAGUUUGCUUUUGUUUUUUUAGCUCUUUAUUUUAUUUUAUUUUAUUUAAUCUGCUCAGCCAUGUUAACUAUCUUUGCUCCUGCUUCACACCCAAUUCUUCUUUUUAAUCCAAACUGAUUGUGUGAAACAUCCGUUUCUGUUUUCCAGCAGGGGUGGGCCACCACUGGAUUUUUAAUCUGUCAGUUAGGUUCUCAUUCAAGCAUUUGGUCCAGAACACGUCGAGCUGACACAUAUUGGAACUGCUUGUUUUGAAAAAUAAAACCAGUCAGAUCCCUGCUGUGUGAAAUCACAGGUGAAGAAAUGGCUCUUCAGUCAUUAUCUCUGUACAGGACAAUAGUGUGACGGCACAUUCUUGACACACACAGUAAUAUUUUUCUGUGUGUUUGUGUACCAUUUGAAGUCAUAAUGAGUGACAUCUUGUGAAGCUCCUACUGUGUAACACAAUUUCUCCACAGUCCAAUACAGAAGAAAGAGUUCAGUGCACCAGUGGAUGGAUUCUGAAAUCUGAAGAACCUCAGUCCUUUAAGCUGAAAUAUUUUAUGCUCUUUUCUUUUUUUUUUACCCUUUUUUUUUUCAGAGUCUUUCCAGGAGUGUUUUGGGGUUUUAUCUACAAUAUGAUUUUGUUAUUUUUCUGUGGGUUUGUUUUCAAUUAAUAAUUCUAAAGCUUUGCGAUUUGGUUCAGUUCUUAAGUGAAAUUAAUAUUAGAAUCAGUAACAGCGGCAAGUGUGAUUAAUAGAUACAGGCAGUGUUAAUCAUGAAGCCCUCACAGACUCAGAAGAGGAGUUGUUGAACCUUGAAGUCCACAGACAGUUUGUCCUUUAAAUCCUCUUUAAUUUCUGUUACUGUCAUUUUUCUGUUGUUUUUCUUUCAGCUUUGAUUUCCAGAAUGUUCCUGUUUGGUUAAGUCCCCGUAUUGUUAAACAUUUAAUAUAGAUGCUAAAAGUAAAAUUAGGGAUUUGAUGACACACUUGUGCUUUAAUGACUGACAGAAUACAGAUUUUUUUUUUUUUUUUUUAAUCUUUUAGCUGGACUCAGCAUUUUUGUCUCUGCUCCUGUGUUCUCGAUGCCCUUCUGUAUUUGCCUCUGCCACAUCAGUUUGGUUUUUGAUGAGACUUGAAACUGCUCCUCUUAUCAGAAAUAAUG